CGAAGAAUUGUUAGAAACGCUUGGAUCUCCAACCACGAAUCGUUUUCCAUCACAUUCGGUUCAUUGAUAUCUUAGCUGAUAUUCAGAUUCUAUUCCAUAAAACUCGCUGAAAGUGCGAAAUUUUUCACUCUUCACAUCGCAGACAAAAUGAACUUACACCCUACCGACUACUUAAACAACUUGAACCUCGACUUCGACUCGGUGGUGUCACCUAACUUGAGCGAAUACAAUUCACAGCAGCUCCAGAACGAGUUGGACAUUUUUUCCCAAUCUGACUUUUUUGAUUUGGAUGUCCUUUCGGCCGACAAUGUGGUUCCAAUCAAGCAGAAGGUCCAAUUUCAAGAACAGCAACAGCAACAGCAACAGCAACCAUCAGUCGUUGUCAAGACGGAGGAUGAUAUCGCUUUGUCGUUCUUGAAUUUGCCAUCCGAAGGCAAUGGUGCUUUCCCAGAGGAAAAGCUUGUUGCACAGGGUGCUGCUUCGGAAGACAAGAGAAAGAGAAACACCGCCGCUUCUGCCAGAUUUAGAAUCAAGAAGAAGUUGAAGGAACAGGAGAUGGAACAAAAGUCCAAGGAAUUGCAAGACAGAUUGUUGGCCUUGGAGAAGAAGUUGAAGACCUUGGAGAUGGAAAACAAGUGUCUUAAGAACUUGAUAUUAGAACAAAACGAAAAGAAGAACACAGACUUAUUGGAGUCUAUCAAGAAGAGAAGCAUAUUAGACUCCAAGCCUGUGUUCCAGUUCACUAGCUGAUACACUCUGAAAAGACAACCAUUUUAGAGUGAGUCGAUAGUUCCUAAGCAGAGCCAGCACUUCAUUGUGUAUGGAUUUGCUUUCUUGGGAGCUUACCGAUCUUACAGGAUUCGAUUAAAAUCCAACUUUUAACGACCUUAACGAUUUAAUGAUCAUGUAACGAAUUCAAGAUCCAACUCUUUGAAUUUUUUGAUAAAGUCGCUCUACAUUGACUUGUGGGCGGCAACCUUAUACUCUUUUUAUUCUUGCCAGUAGCAUUUGCUGCAGCACAAAAAACUAUUACUGUUAAUCACCAACCUGGACUCAUCUACAUAAAAAUCAUAAAAGAGAGUGUCUAGCGACUCAACCAGUUUUCUUUUUCAAUUCUUUCAACAGGAAUCAGAACCAUAUACCAUUAAGCAUACUUCUUCAAGCAGCUCGAGAAAGACAACUGAAGCGUAUGAAUGAAUCUUCGGUAGUCCUUUUUCCAACAGACUAGGACCAUUGAAGUUUCACUAACAUUAACCAGUCCAGCACCAUAAUAAUCCUGUUUUUUUUACACCAAUAUUGUAUAUAUAUAAGGAAUAAAAAUUCAACUAGUU